UACAGAGUCAUGUGAUGUUGUGAGCCGGGGUUGAAUCUGAGAGGUUCUCUUGCGUCUGAUGUGAGUGCUAAGUGCUCUCCCAAGAAAAAGGACUAUUCCCAUUUGGCUGCUCAAGAAAAUAUUGGAGGACCCAGAAUGUCUUACGGAUCCAUUGAUGCGGGAUCUUUUGGAAGCAGAAAUCCGUUUGGUGGGCCCACAAGGCAGGGAUACCAGCCAGUAGCUACGCAAGUCAGUCCCUCAGAGCUACAAGACGUGUUUCAGGAAACCUCCUCUAACAUCUUCCAGAUCAAUGCUAACGUGGUAACGCUAGAGAAAAACCUUCAAUCGCUGGGAACAUCCAGAGACACAGCAGAGCUACGGCAGAGUUUACAUUCCACACAGCAGCAAACCAAUAAAGUAAUAACAAGCACAAGCCAACUUGUUAAACAACUCACUGACAUCAUCAGCGGGUCUUCACGGCAAGACAAGCUCCGUCUGACAAGACUCAACACAGAGCUAUCCGAUUCUGUGCAGCGUUAUGGAGACCUGCAGAAGAAAAUUGCAGAUCGUUCGAGGGCCUUGCUUCCUCCUGCACAAAAGGACAGGAAACAGAGCCUACAGACUCCAUUCAAUGAACUGGUUGAAGAGGGGCCAUUGUUCGGAGCGGGGGAAAGCGUUGAGGGUGAUGGUCAAGCAUUCUUGUCAGAGAUCAGUGAAGAAGAUGUGGAGAUCCUGAGGCAGAGAGAAGAAGCACUACUGCACAUUGAGAGAGACAUGCUGGACGUCAAUCAGAUUAUGAAGGACUUGGCCAGCAUGGUGCAUGAACAAGGAGACACCAUAGACAGUAUUGAAGAUUACAUUCAGACCACCUCAUCACAUGUUGAAUCAGCCAAUCAGGAGCUUGCAAAAGCCAGUCAUUAUCAGAGGCAGCUGAGGAGGAGGAAAUGUUUUCUGCUAAUCGCUGGAGUGCUGCUUCUUACUUUGCUUAUCAUCAUUAUUGCAGUCUCAGCCAGAAAAUGAGAGCAAGACCACAGAGAUCUCUGUUUCAACACUGCUGUGAUCUCUCUUCAACUUCCAGGCAAAAUAAGAGUCUGUAUGUAGAGGUCCACCUGCGCACACUCCCUUUCUUCUUAUCUCUGUCUAUACUUCUGUCAGAUUGUGUGUGUUUUUGUGUAUGCAUGUAUGGAAAUGUGGGUGUGUGUGAAUGUUCAUUAAAAGAGUCUAUUUUUAAUCAGUGCUUUGUACUGUAUUGUGCAAUUAAUUGCUCCUUACCUCUUCAAAGUGGACUCGAAUCAAAGAACAAAAUCCAAAUAGACUAAAUGUUGCUGUAGGCUUUUAUGCCAACUUUAAAAUAUCCUUUCCAUCAUCUAUCGCUGAUUCUUAAGUACAGAGAUAAAACUGGCUGUGGAUUUGCUUGCCUGUACUUAAUUUGGAUAUUAUACAUAGAAGCUGAAAGGCCGAGCAAUCAUAUCAAGGUUCUGAAAAAAACUUAUAAGCACAGUAAACGAAAUAGUACAUUUAUGUGAAGAUCAUCUAAAUUAAUUUCCAAGUCAAAAUUCUGUGUUUUGUCCCAUGUCUCAAGAAUCAGUCUAAUGCUAGUUCUCAUAUCAUCUCAUAUUGAUCUUUUGCUGCUUACACUGUUUUUUUGUUUGUUUUUUUAGGGUGCAAAUAUAUAAUCUGUGACAAAAAUGUAACAGUGACACUAUUUUUAGAAACAUUCUUUAUAAGGCAAUUUAUUUCUUAUAAAGAAAUAUAACCAGUGUAUAUUUCUCUUUAAAUAUUGUAACCUGCUGUCUGUGUUUAACAAAAACUUAUAUUAUUUACUGACAUUUGAAUGCAGCAGGUAGUCUACCAUUACAGAACACCUGUCGAGAGACCUGUUGAGAUACUAUUGUUAUCAUUUGCAUAACCAUAAAACCAUAAAUAGUUUUUUUAUACAUAUAAAAUAAUAUUUCAAAGGUUCAGUAUCGUCACUGCUCUUAAUAUCCAUUAUUUAA